CUUAACUAUGGGGACCACUUUAUGUCCAGAUGAUAUAGUCUCACUGGCACCUUGUACUUUAUUGGACCAUAGAUAAAUAAUGUGUUCAGACUGUAACUUAAGCUGACAGGUUAUUUAAUAUAUAACGUUAUUCUGCAAAUAAUUUUAAAAGAGUACAGAACACGUCUGCCAUCUUCUUUUACGUUGUUGUUAAAGUCUGGAUACAAAUAGUGCAAGCUGAAUUGGCUGUUUUCGUCUGGGUUUUACGGUAUUUUUCAGUGUUGUGGUGAACUUUCCCUUAGCGAUCAGCUGACACGGUUUGGCUACUUGCAGGGAGAGGAGAAGAUCACAAAAGAAAACAGCUAUGGCGGCCGAGAUUCAUUCAAGGCCACAGAGCUCCAGGCCUAUCCUAUUGAACAAAAUCGAAGGCCACCAAGAUUCAGUGACUGCCGCGAUCUUAAUCCCGAAGGAGGAUGGAGUCAUAACGGUUAGCGAAGACAGGACUAUUCGAGUAUGGCUGAAGAGAGACAGUGGACAGUACUGGCCCAGCAUUUACCAUACUGUGUCCUCUCCAUGUUCAUGCAUGGCAUACCACCAAGAAAGCAGGCGGAUCUUCAUAGGACAAGACAAUGGAUCUAUUGUGGAGUUUCUAAUUUCUGAAGAUUUCAACAAGAUGAACCAUGUGAAAACCUACCCUGGUCAUCAGGGUCGUGUGUCAGACAUGGUGUUCUCCUUGCUGAGUCAGUGGGUGGUGAGUACAGGUUAUGACAAGAGUGUUAGCUGGAUGUGCACCCAGAGCGGCUCCAUGCUGGGAUGCCACUACUUCAGCUCAUGGGCCUCAUGUCUUCAAUAUGAUGAUGAUACUCAGCAUGCAUUUGUUGGUGACUACUCGGGUCAAAUCACCUUGCUUAAAUUGGAAAGGCAGACAUAUUCCACCAUAACUACUUUGAAGGGACACGAAGGAAGUAUAGGAGCUCUGUGGUGGGACCCGGUGAAAAGAUGGCUGUUCUCCGGUGCGUCAGAUCACAGUAUAAUCAUGUGGGACAUUGGCGGGAGAAAGGGGCGCACACUACUACUGCAGGGACAUCAUGAAAAGGUGCAGGCUCUGCGGUAUCUGCAGCUGUCUAAGCAAUUGGUCUCCUGCUCUGCUGAUGGAGCUAUUGCAGUGUGGAACAUGGACGUGCCACGGGAGGAGGCUCCACAGUGGUUGGAUAGUGAUUCGUGUCAGAAGUGUGAACAGCCAUUUUUUUGGAACAUUAAGCAAAUGUGGGAUACUAAGACCCUGGGUCUCCGACAACACCAUUGCAGGAAAUGUGGUAAGGCAAUUUGUGGGAAGUGUAGCUCUAAACAUUCAACCUACCCCAUCAUGGGCUUUGAGUUCCAGGUGCGAAUGUGUGAUGACUGCUACAACACAAUCAAAGAGGAAGAUCGAAUACCUAUGGCUAUGUUCCAUGAAGGAAAGCACAACAUAUCUCACAUGGACAUGGACAUUUCUAGAGGCCUUUUGGUCACCUGUGGGAGCGACCGUAUUGUUAAGAUAUGGGACAUGAUCCAAGUAGUUGGCUAUAACAUUUCAACAGACUCUCACUGAGUGAUUGACACAAUUGAAGCUUCACUCCACAGAAGCCCAUUACAGUCUCCACUUAUGAAUCCACAAACCUGGCCUACUCCCUGUUGUUAUAUUUCUGUAUGCCUAUGUAAUUGGAGUCAUUUUGAGUGAUAACCCAUAUUGUCUGAAUUGUAAUUAUUCCUCUUAUUCCUGUGUGUGUAUGUCUGUGUGUGGCCCUUGUCCUGACAUGUUAACUCUCUCUCUCUCUCUCUCUCUCUCUCUCUCUCUCUCUCUCUCUCUCUCUCUCUGCCUUAUUCAACUCAGGUGAAGAACUGUGAGUUCUAUUCAGACUGUAAUAACAGUGACCCAUAAAACUGUUUCAUUGCAGUUGAUGACCCAUCCUAUGUUGCCACGGAAAGUUUACUAUAGAAACAACAGCAGAGUGUUCAUGCAUGACACAAUACAUCAUGUCCAUUUUUAUGGGUCAAGGGUCACAGCUAAGUUUGGUGACAGAGGUUAAAUGUAAGAUUUCGCUGAUAGUUUUAUAAUUUAACAGGGAACAUUCUCUGGGAUAAGACAAUGCCAAUGGGUGGGAAUGACUGUGUAAAGCAUGAUGGGAAGAGAAGAACAGAGUAUGGAGAAGUGAAAGAAGAGCCAAAGCAAACCACCUCAUUAUGGUGUGGGCAUGUAUGGCUGCCAAAGGAAGCUGGUUCCCUUUUUUGUGGCAAAGAAGUGGAAUGUUCACAAUGGAAUGCCAGCCACUUGAGCAUUUAUUUCUGCUCAAAGUGAAGGCAAAAUGCCCGUAUAAUAUCCAUUUUAUAUGUGUGUGUGUAUAUAUAUAUAUAUAUAUAUAUAUAUAUAUAUAUAUAUAUAUAUAUAUAUAUAUAUAUAUACACAUAUCUCACACACUGAUCAGCCAUAAGAUUAAAACCACAUGCCUAAUAUUGUCCCCCUUGUGCUGCCAAAACAGCUCUGACCCAUCGAGGCAUGGGUCACAAGACCUCUGAAGGUGUGAUUUGGUAUCUGGCACCAAGAUGUUAGCAGCAGAUAGUUUAAGUCCUGUAAGUUGCAAGGUGGGACCUCCAUGGAUCAGCCUUGUUUAUCCAGCACAUCCCACAGAAGCUUGGUGAAAGAGGCCACUGCCAUUAGCCAUUGCCAUGAAGGGGUGUACUUGGUCUGCAGCUGGUACGUGUUGAAGUAACAUCUACAUGAAUGUCAGGACCCAAGGUUUCCCAGCAGAACAUUGCCCAGAACAUCACACUGCCUCCGCCGGCUUGCCUUCCCAUAGUGCAUCCUGGUGCCAUCUCUUCCCAAGGUAAACAACGCAUACCCCUUUGUAACAAGAUAAUCAAUGUUAGUCAUCUGUCAGUGUUUUUAAUGUUAUGGGUGAUUGGUGUGUGUGUGUAUAUAUAUAUACACACACACACACACACACACACACACACCUAUCAUGGGGUCACAAGACCAGUCAGUUCUCGAAUUUGAUGUGUUGGAACCAGGAAAAAUGGGCAAGCGUAAGGAUCUGAGAGACUUUGACAAGGGACAAAUUGUGAUGGCUAGAAGACUGGGUUAGCGCAUCUACAAAACAGCAGGCCUUGUAGUGUGUUCCGGGUAUGCAGUGGUUAGUACCUACCAAACGUGGUCCAAGGAAGGACAACCGGUGUACCGGCGAAAAGGUCAUGGGCACCCAAGACUCACUGACAUGCGUGAGGAGCGAAGGCUAGCCCAUCUGGACUGAUCCUACAGAACAGCUACUGUGGCACAAAUUGCUAAAAAGUUCAUGCUGGCUAUGAUUGAAAGGUGUCAGAACACACAGUGCAUUGCAGCUUGCAACGUAUGGGGCUGCAUAGCUGCAGACAGGUGGUUUUAAAGUUAUGGCUAAUCGGUGUAUAUGGUUUUAUAUUUAUAAUUAAUAACUUGUCCAAAUAUUUAUGGACCUGACUAUAUGACAUUAACACAGAGUUAAGCCUGAAGAAGGCUCCACUCUUCUGGGAAGGCUUUCACCUAGAUCUUAGAGCAUGACACUGGGGAUUUGCCCAUUCAGCCACAAGAGCAUUAGUGAGCUCAGGCACUGAUGUCGAGUGAGAAGGACUGGUGCACAUUUGGCAUACCAGUUCAUCCAAAAGGUGCUCAGUGGGGUUCAGGUCAGGGCUUUGUGCAAGUUCUUUUGCACCAACCUUGGCAAACUUGCUGCUUACCAGAUGUUUUUUGCACCAUUUUUUCAACUGUUGUGUGUCAGAAUGCCAGGAGCAGUUUCUGAAAUUCUCAAACCAGCCUGUGUGGCACCAACGACCGUGCCAUGGUCAAAGUCUGAGCACAAACUGAGAUCACAUUUUUUCCAUUCUACUGUGAACACUAACUUGUCCUCUUGACCUGUAUCUGCAUUAUUUUAUGCAUUGUGGUGCUGCCACAUGAUUGGCUGAUAUUUGCAUGAAUGAUAUAGGUGCUCCUAAUAAAGUGUCCAGUGAUUUGUAUAUAGUACAGCCUCUCGCGUGGACCCCAACCCCCGACUGAACUUUCUUUGCAGUCCAUUGUUUGAGAGUUGCCGUAUUGUGUGUGUGUGAUGAGAAUUUCCUAAAUCAUUAUUGUUCUGUAAAUAUGCCCCUGAGAAAGCUGUGCACAAGCUUUGUGCCAGGCUAUUUGUUUCACCUUUUUACUAACCCAGUGGUCAUCAUAGGACUUGCGAUCAUAUUUUCUGGUCAUAUAAAAUAAAAGCAUUAAUUAAUAUAACUGAAUUUUUGUGGGCUGGGUCACAUUGUUGACCCUAGGAUGUUUUGUAAACGCUAGUAGUGGACGCAGUCAUAUUAAGUGAGUUGUUGCAACCUAAGUACAGUGUCUGACGUAGCUGUUAAGAUGAAUUUGUUUAUGUUGCAGUGCAAGACAAAGAUUUUGGAGAGUCAUUAUAUAAGUGAACUUAGCUUUUCUUUUAAACUCUCCUCUUAUAUUCAACAGUAAUUGAACAUCUGUGACUCAGUUUAUAUUCAGCAGAUUAGUUGGUAUCCGCUCAUGUACAGUACUUAAAAUCUCUCUUAUUUCUGAAUGUUAUUACUUGUAUUAGCUAUAGUAAUGUUGGCAUUGUGUAGCUGUUGUACAGUUGCACACACACACACACACACACACACACACACACACACACACUCAACAUAAGUAUUCAGUCCCUGCAAACGCUUGUCCAGCUAUGUCUCAGUACAGUUUGAUCACAGACAUCUUCAGACUUUAUGGCUUGGAUUUUGGUUCAUUGUGGGAAUUUAUACACACAGCUGUGCACCUCUCUAAACCAUAUCCAGUCAAAUGAAUUUGCCACAGGCUCCAGGCAAGUUCUAGAGACAUCUCAAGAUAAUCAAAGUGAGCAAGAUGCACCUGAGCAGAAUUUGGAGUGCCUUGGCCAAGGGUCUGAAUACUUAUUAAUUAAUUAAUUAUACUAAUACUAAUUAAUAAAUUUCAGUUUUCUUUCUUUUUUAAUAAAUAUGCAAAAAAAAAAAACUUUUUUUAGGUUUGUUAUAGAUUAUUUUGUCUUGAUUAAUGGCCAAAAAGGUAUAUUUAAUCCAGUUUAAAUUACAUAUAUAAUACAGUAAAGUGUGCAAAAUCUGACAGGGACUGAAUAUAAGUUUGUUAUUAUAUUACUUUCUAAAUCCACUGUACAUACAGUAUAGAAUAAUCCUAAUCAUAAUUCCACAUGUCUGUUUUUGUCUGUCUGACCGACUUUUUUCCAUUCUCUCUCAUACCCAUUGCAAUACCAGAUUUACUCAUGUAGGCAUUUAUUAAUUAUGGAUAAACAUGGUCCAUAUAACAGAACAGUUUACAGGCUCAGUUACAAUGAACACCUACUGUAUUUAGUUCAAAAUUACUUGCUGAUUACAUGUAGUUAAACAGUAAAAAUUACAUUUCUAAAUUUGCAUAUUAGGCAUCAUUGUUGAAACAUCCUGUCGAUCCAAAUCCUGCACCUUUUCAGACAGAAUGCACCUGAGACCAAGUCACUGGGUAACUGGGUAAAGAAUGAGAGACAGUGAUUUUGGUCUGAGCAGGUUCCCACCUGGUCGACCAGAUCAGCUAGUCACUGUGCAUAACUGGAAACCCAUGGUUAGACCAAUGAGAUGGCAUAAAAUGCAGGCAACAGAUUCUGUACAACAGGGACAAAAGGUUUUAAUGUGAAUGCAAAUGGAUGUAUGUCAUAUUUACUGGAAACAUUCUAUAUGUUUGCCAUCUGUUUUGCACUCUGAAAUUAAUGACUUCAUAUUUACAAUGAGUAAGUCCUGGUGGAAACCCAACAUUUAUAAUAAAUAUAUUGGUUAGCUAAAAGACAUCCCUGUGUUAAUCUAGUAAAUUGUAGAUGUAUUAAAUUUCUUAGUUCUGUUUCUGUUUUCUUAUCUAAUCUGCAUAAGGUGUGUGCAUGUUAUUUAAAUGGCACUGUAUGUACUGUAUUUCAGAGAAACUGUUCUCUGUGUUUUGUGUGUAUUUGGCCAAAAUGUGUGUUGAAGUGCUCUUUGUGAGAUCAGAUUCUAAUAACCUGUUUCUGUUUGAAUGUUCAGUGAGGUUGGAAACCUUUUGCAAUCUCUUCCAUGACACUCAUGAACUUCUCAUCUUCCAGUUGGGAACUAUGUGUCCAGGCCAGUGGCAGAUGGGCUGAUACCAUUCUCCGAUCUAUAACAUGCACAAAAAAAAAAGAAUUGACAGAUUUAUUAAAGGUGAGAUUUUUUUCCACCUUUUUUUUAAUACUUAUUUUCAUAUCAUCCCCUUUCUGUCCACAUUAAGCCUUAAGGAACUGCAUCUCAAUUUUUUUUCCACACAUUUUCUAAGAUUUGGAGAUUAGUCUUUGCUCAACUUCUCUGUUUCUUUAUAAAUUGGAAUAACAAGCAUGAUGGCAAGAUGUAUUUUAUUAUGAUUUCCAAAAGCAUAAGGAAUCAGUACUGACAAAAUGGUUAAUGACAUUGCUUGCCUAAGAUUGUGGAUGUUUCUGUUUUGGCACUGUUGGAAUUGUGCUGCAUUUAAGACAAUGUAACUGCAGUCUGCAUCCACAACACAAAGUUGCCAGAGAAACAGGACAUUUCGGACAAAGGUCUUUCAACAGGUGUAACAGACUAACUAGGGAAUUAGACACAUUCUUUCCUCAAUAAAAUUGUAUUUAAUAGAUCGUUAACAGUUACUUUUGUGUUAAUAUAGAUUCUUCAGGUCAUUGAACAAUGAACUGCAGUGUCCCACAAUACAGCAUAUUUUUCUCCCCUUACAGCCUCUUAGACUUUGCUACCUUAAUCUUGCCUUUCACUUGUAUGCUGUUGACUGAUUAUACCUUAGUUUAGCCUGAUUCAGCAGCACAGAUACACAAAAUGGAUAUGUUACAGACAUAAAAGCUUGGAUGAAAGUUACAUGACGAUUCUUGUCAGCCAGUCUUGAUAGUCGUGAUUUAAUCUCUUGUGGAGAUACAACGUACAAAUUCCUGCAGUGUUAUCCUAAAUGGGUAUCCAUAAUUUAAAUAAAAGCCUGACAGUUUUGGGUGUAACAGUUCAAGAUGAUCAGCUAGGUAUAAAGCAGUGUCUAUAAAUGCUGGGAUUUGUGAAUCCUUCAUAAUGGGUGUGUACUAAUGACUCUACUGUCUACACUGCUCAGUGACAUUAAAAUCUCACUGUUUAAACCAUGCAUGAAGAAAAAUGUGACUAAUUCCGUCACCUGGACCUGCAUUUAUCAUUUUCUUAUGAUGUUUUUCUCAUUAUAAUGGGGUCUUUUUUGUUAUAAUGAGAUCUUUCUGUAUGGAGGUUCUUGUUAUUAAAAGACCUUUUCUCAU